CACAAUGUAUGUACUGAAAAUAUUGCAGUGUACUUCAAUCGGUCGGCGAGUUUAUACGUGAAAAAAAAUAUCACGUUUACAGAGGUAUGAAUGCACGUACAGCGAAUGUCGCUGAAGAAUUAACUAUAAGUAGUAAUAUUGCAACACCUCUUAAACAUCAGCUCCGUAAAGAUAUGUUCGAUGUAUAGUUUUAUUUUGAUGAUUACUUCUUGUAUUGAAGAAAAUCAAUAUCCUCGUGUCACAUACGCAUGUAACAAACAUGCAGAACUACAAUCUUUUAGUGGAGUUAUACAGAAAAGAAAAAAAAUUUCAAAAAGUUUACACCACGUUCCGGCCAAAUUUAAAAGGAUCACCGGUUACAAAUAAAUUUUAUGCGCGCCACGAGGCAUACGUUAACCAGGGAGAUCCAAACAGUGAGUACAUUGAACUCUUGGCAAAAGCUAAAUCUUUAGGACCAAAGAAUAAAUAUUCUUCUCCACAAACUGAAAGUCAAAGGUACGGGUGGCACGAAAAAUCAUUUAUUCCUCGAAAUGAAGAUAUUUUGCUUUUUCCACACAUAGAGGCACCGGCAAUUAAAUUAGACUUAAUACUAAAGCAGAACUAUAAAAAUGAAGUACCAUUUAGUGGAACACCGUUUAAAUUCUAAUUAAAAACAUAAAAUAA